GACGUGCCUUUAGAGAGCUCCAGAGCUCCUGGCACGGGCUGCUCCCACCACAGAAGCACACCUGCGCGGCCAGACAGGAGCACACAGUGUGAGUCCUCAGGCAUGGACUGGGUGGUCAAUGAAGGAUUGUCCUCUUUCAUGGUCGUCCUGUGGCUGGGACUGAACGUGCUCCUGUUCGCGACAACCUUCCUCUCCUACAGCGGGGACGAGGCCUACACCUACACCCGGGCCAUGCUGGGGUCUGGCCUGGCCUGGGCCCGCGCCUCGGCGGCCUGCAUCAAUCUGAACGGCACGGCGAUCCUGCUGCCCGUCAGCCGCAAUUUCAUCUCCUUCCUGCGGGGCUCCUGCGUUUGUCGCGGAAGAGCUCUGAGGAAGCAGCUGGACAAGAACAUCACUUUCCACCGCCUGGUCGCCUACCUCCUAGCCGCGCACUCGGUGGUCCACACUGUGGCACAUCUGUCCAACAUCGAGAGCUAUCACGAGAGUCGGGCAACGGGGGCCGGCGAGCUGCUGCUGAAGCUCUCCAGCCUGGGGGAGACGCUCAACGAGACCUUCCUGAACCCAGUGCGCACCUACAAUACGACUCCUAUUAAAGAAGUGAUGACAAAUAUAUCUGGAAUCUCUGGAUUGGUUAUUGCUGUAGUUCUGGUCCUCAUGGCGACUUCGUCAACUGAGCUCGUUAGACGAUCGUCCUAUGAGCUGUUCUGGUUGACUCAUCACCUCUUUGUUGUGUUUUUCAUUGGACUUGUCGUCCAUGGCACGGGUCAAAUUGUCCGGGGACAGACCAGAGAGAGCCUCUCACGCCACAAUGUGUCCUACUGCCGGGACCAUGUGGAUGAGUGGGGGAACGUCACCCAGUGUCCGGUGCCACGCUUCGCCGGGAACAGUCCCGCGGUGGUGGCUCACCCUUCGCACGUCCUUGAGCUGCAGAUGAGAAAGGACGGUUUUAAGAUGGAGCCGGGGCAGUACGUGUUUUUGCAGUGCCCGGCGAUAUCCCGCUUAGAGUGGCACCCUUUCACCCUGACGUCUGCUCCGGAGGAGGACUACUUCAGCGUGCACGUCCGUCUGAAGGGAGACUGGACCGAAGCCCUGCGCGCUGCCUUCGUGGAUCACAGGCGGUCCACAGGCUUUCCUCAGCUACCACGAAUGGCUGUCGACGGUCCAUUCGGCUCGGCCAGUAGCGAUGUGUUCCGGUACAGGGUCAGCGUUUGCAUUGGAGCUGGGAUAGGAGUGACCCCUUUCGCAUCGGUUUUGAAGUCCCUCUGGUACAAAUCAUGCAACCCCUCCACGCCCAUAAAACUUCAGAAGCUGUAUUUUUUCUGGCUUUGCCGCGACACCUCAGCCUUUGAGUGGUUCUCCGACCUGCUGUUCUCACUGGAGACCCGGCUGGCGGGGAAAGACCGCCUCCUGAGCUUCCACAUUUUCCUCACCGGCUGGGAUGAGGCUCAGGCCUACCACAUAGGCCUGCACUGCGAAAACCACAGAGACGUCGUCACGGGCUUCAGGGAGAAGACCUUCUACGGCCGGCCGGACUGGGACCGGGAGUUCAGGAGCAUCGCGGACGCUCACCCGCGAUUUUUAGGAACAUUCACGGAGCUGGAAAGGUUAGCAGUGGAGAGCAGUCUGGUAAAGCACUAAGCUGUUAUUUGUAAACACAUUUAGGCACACCGUCCUUAACACCCCCAUACAAUCUCUGGUAUAGAAGACAUAAAUAU